UAAUAUUAUUUAUUCAUAUAGAAGAAGAAAAUAUGUAUAAUCAUAAAGAAAAAGGAAAAAUUAUAAUUUCUAGAAAAGUUUAUAAACUUGCACAAAAGUCUUUUUCUCAUUUACAUUAUUCUUGUAAAUAUUUUUGAGUUAAAUAUAAUCUUUUGUUUGUUGUUCGCAAAUAAAAUUCUUGAGGUUGUUCUUUUAACUUUGUAAGUGAAUACAUUUAUUUGACUAUCGCUUGCUUUCAUUCACAAAUAUGAUUAUCCUAAAAGUAUACAUGAGUAACGAGUCCAGCUAAUAUAAUUUCUAUAGUUGCAGAUAAUCCAGUGUCAUCUUUGUCCACUAAUAGCUUCAAGAACACGAUCCAAUCAAGCUUUUCGUUGUUCUGCUUUACUUGAAUUGAAUUAAGAUCAUUUUAUUUGUUUAGACUAAUCAAGUUUUGAACACAUAUGGUCAUGACUUUAUAGCCGAUGCUGAAACAGGAAAAUUUGAUUGUGUUAUAGAUCGUAGCCAGAUUAUUAGUCAAUGCAUUGAUAUUUUAUUCGGGAAAACAAAAGUCAAUGUUCUUUUAAUUGGAGAACCGGGUGUUGGAAAAACUGCUAUUGUUAAAGGUUUAGCACAACGUAUUGUUAAUCAAGAUAUUCCUCGUACAUUAUCGAAACGUUUAAUCGGAUUAGAUAUGCAAGAAUUACUUGGUAAGAUUUAUCAUAUAUUUUGAAAGGUUCAGUCUAUAUAGAAAAG